AUAGGGUGAGAACGCAAAAUUUAGGCUACAGUUGCUAAGCCAUGAUGACAUCUUUGAAGUUACUCCUGCUGUAGGAAUGAACAAACUUCCAUUCCUUAUUCGUGUUAAAAAUUCAUCUGUGUUGAAAUAUGACUGUGCAACAGAAUGUGAAACAAAGGUUUUCCAAUUGCAGCUUCAAGCUGAAGAAACAAACACAAACAUCAUUGGUGAAAACAAUGGUAAGGAAUGUACUGUAGUAAAUAUAACCAUGACUGAUGAAAAUGAUCAUUUUCCUGAGUUUGAAAACAUAACAGAAGCCAAGAUCAGUGAAAAUGCAUCAGCUGGAGAUUUUGUGGCAACUAUCAGGGCUACAGAUAAAGAUAUGGAUUUUUUUGGUACAAAAGGCAUUCGAUAUUCUCUUGUGGAUGGAAGUUUCUCAAAAAGUUUUGCCAUACAUGAGGAAAGUGGAAAUCUCACUGUUAAAACAAAUGAUCAUGGAUUUAACAGAGAAAAAGUUUCAAGUUUUUAUAUUACAAUCAUUGCUCGAGACAAUAAUGGAACUGGCAAUCGCAACACCUUAUUGUUUAAAAUUAUACUACUGGAUGCAAAUGACCAAGCUCCAACUUUUGUACUCCAAGCUUAUAAAGCAUACAUGUUUGAAAAUGAUGGGAAAUUUACAGAGAAUUUGAUACUGUUGGCUACUGAUUUGGAUGAAGAGAAUACUAACAACAGUAGAGUAAAUUAUAAACUUACUGAUCGGCAUAAUUCUAACCAUUUUACCCUGUGUGAAACAAGUUCUAAUGAAGAAGGAGUACUCAUGAAACCAGUUCAAGAAAUUGAUUUUGAAGACCAAAAUCUUCCUGAACCACAAUGUGGAGAUAGCAUGUCAGUAUGUACACGUUUGUUUGAGUUGGAGGUUAUGGCUUAUGACCUUGGUAUCCCACAACAGAGCUCCACUGUAAAUGUCACCAUAGAGUUAAGGGAUGAGAAUGACAAUGGUCCAAAGUUUAAGAAGGAAACAUGUAGUAAAACUGUGACUGUAAACGAGACAGCAGGUGAAGGUACGAAGAUUUUCAAAGUGGAAGCACAUGAUGCAGACAUUUCUCCUGCUUACAAGAAGGUUUUCUAUGUAAUCGCAGAAGGUGCAGAAAAUAAUUUUAUGAUUGACCGAGAUGAAGGAAAUAUCACCGUAGCUGGAAAUGCCAACUUAGAUCCCGAUUACAACUGUACUGAAACACACUGUAAUAAAAGACUUAAGCAUGUCCUUAAAAUAGAAGCCACAGACUCUCUGAUGAAGAAGGAAGAUGGUGAAAGCUGUGAGAUUACAGUAAAUAUAAAAGACAUAAACAAUAAACCUCCCAAAUUCCGACUUAAAGAGAGAAGUUUUGAAGUGACAGAAAAUAAAAACAAUGCACCUAUUACCAAGCUUACAGCUUAUGAUUUUGAUUCAAAUAACAAGUUAAAGUAUCAAAUUGAUUUUAAUUCUUCUAAAGCUUAUAUGCCAAACUUUAGACCAAUUGAUGUAGAGGUAUACAACUAUAAAAAGUUGUUUUAUUUGGAAGAAGAAACUGGGGAAUUACGGGUUCAAGGAAUGCUAGACAGAGAAAGGAUGAAGAGAAUUGAAAUGUUUUUAAUAGUUGAAGAUGAAAAUGCUGAAGUAAGACCACAGACAGAUCAAGAUCGAAUUGAAAUUGUAGUUUGUGAUGUGAACGACAAUAAUCCAUAUUUUGUGAACAAUGACACCGAGGAAGGAUACUUGGCCUUUGUGUGGGAAGAAAGUCCUAAGAACCAGACACUAAAGAACAUAGUUGCCAAGGAUGAUGAUGAGGACAACGAAAUAACAUACAGUCUUGAUGGAAAUAACAGUACAAUUCAAGAACUAUUUAUUUUGGGAGAAAAAAGUGGGGAUCUCACAAUAAUAAAGAAAGUGGAUUAUGAAGAAUACCACUGGCUCAAUUUCACUGUGACUGCAACAGACAGUGGAAAACCUAAUCGUUCAUCUGUUACCCUGGUCUCCCUGGAGAUUGGAGACGUAAAUGAUAAUGAUCCAGUAUUUGUUAAUGAACCCUACAAAGUUGAGAUUGAAGAAGAAGGAGAAAAUCAUUCAAUUAUACUAACAGUUAAAGCUACUGACAAUGAUUCCAACACUUUCGGCAUGUAUGGAUUGGUCAACUACAGGUUACAAAGAGGUGUCAUCUAUACCGAAUUUUCUGUUGGUAAAGAAAAUGGUUCUAUCAUGAACACAGAACGUCUAGACCGUGAGAAACAAGAAAAGUAUGAGUUUGCUGUGGAAGCUUUUGACACUCCCGAUGAUCUCACAAAGAGUAGGAAAGCUAUUACUCAAGUCAUUGUGACUCUUCUUGACAUAAAUGAUAAUGAUCCAGUAUUUGAAGUUUGGGAUGAGGAUUGUGUUACAAUCCCUGAAGAUAAGGAAGUAGGAUCUAAAGUUGCUCAAGUUCAGGCAACAGAUUCAGACAGUGGAGAUAAUGGCACUGUACAAUACUUCUUUAAUACCGAUGAGGAGGUUCAAACGUUCUUCCAGAUUGACAAUGCUACAGGAGUGAUUAUUGUUCGUAGGAGUUUAUUGAAGAACCACAAGAAAUUCAAUGUAUCUGUAAGAGCACAAGACAAAGGAAGUCCACCUCGAAACAAAAAUGAAACGUUCUGUAUUUCUGUCGAGGAUGUGAACUUGAACUACCCUAAAUUUGUAAAGCCUAAAGAAACAGAAACAGUUUAUGUCCAAGAGGAAGAAACUCCGGGGUAUUCUGUGACAAAAGUAAUGGCCAGAGAUGAGGACUCAGAACUUAGUGAUAAUUCAAUAAUUGAAUACAAGAUCUGUUCCAUCUGCGAGGAUGGAGAAAUUAACUUAAAAACUUUUUCAAUUAAUGAAAAUACUGGUGAAAUAAUUGUGAAAGUUUCACUGAAGAAAAGUGAAAGACCUGAAUAUUUGCUCACUAUCAAAGCGUGUGACAAAGGAAAUCCUCCCAAAUGCACGGAAGAUGAAAAAGGAUCAGAUCACAUGCAUGCAAAAAUUAAAGUUAUUGUUCGUAAUAAAGAUGACACACUACCUCAGUUUCGUAGUAGAACUGGUGUAGUUACUUUUGAAGAAGAAACACUUGAAGGAAAAGUACUCAUUCCAGAGGCUAAAUACCAAGAAGAAUUCAUGGGAAAUGUUACCAAUCGAACCAUCUGCUAUUUUAUUAUAGGUUAGUCACAUGUUUUAAUCUUAAAAAAAGCAGAUUUACAAAACUCUGA